AUGCUCAGGAGAUUACUGCAGGUGAUGGUGCUGCUGAUAGACCGGUGUUCUAUUACAAUACAAAUCAUAACUCGUGUUUCACAACUCCUAUUGUGGGUUUUAAGGAGUGCUGGGGCGGUCCUGUCCCAGUGUUCGCGCAGCGCGGGCAGAGCAGCGCAGGCACAGGGGCGGUGGGAGCAUCGCCGGGCUCCCAGGGCACCCGCAGGCUCCCCGCGUCCCGCACCGGAGGAGAUUCACCGGGUUUCUGCAGGCAGGAGACCACGCCGGAGCUGGAUGAACAUGGAUUUAUCCUCCGAGCGGCUGAAUGGCAGAGGUCCCAGCACCCGGCGCAAAGCCUCGGCGGCGCUGGAGUCCUUCAAGCGGAUCGGCAUCCCCAUCCUGGCAGCGGUGCUCAGCCUCGCCUGCCUGGUGAUGGUGGGGUUCCUGGUCAAGGUUUACCUGGACUACCACUACUUCUUCUGCAAACAGCCCCUGAAGCUAGUGUCGCUGCAGCAGCUCUGUGACGGGCAGCCCGACUGCCUGCAGGGCGAGGAUGAAGACAACUGUCCCCAGUGGGUCCCCGAGGGGCCACCAGCCACUGCUCGUGUUUCCAAAGACAGAUCCAUCCUGCAGGUGCUUAACAGCAACACCGGAGCCUGGUCCUGCGUCUGCCCCGACCACUUUGACCUGCAGCUGGCAAAAGCAGCCUGCGAGCAAAUGGGCUACAGCAGCACCCCUGCUUUCCGGGCGGUGGAGGUGGGCACGGGGCAGCCCCUGCCUGCCCGCGAGGUCGUGCUGAGCAACGGCAGCCUCCAGGUACCCGAGCCGGGCAGGAAAUGCCUCUCUGGGCUGGUGGUUUCGCUGUUUUGCUCCAGCUGCGGGGAGAGCACCCGGACCCGGGGGGUGCUGGGGGGGAGCCCGGCUGCCAUCGAGGCCUGGCCGUGGCAGGUCAGCCUGCAGUACAGGAAGGAGCACAUCUGCGGGGGCAGCAUCAUCGACCCCAGCUGGGUCCUGACGGCCGCACACUGCUUCAAGAACAACCCCGUCAUCCAGAGCUGGCGCGUCAAGGCCGGCUCCAACCUCCUCUCCGGCACCGCCACCCUGGCUGUGGAGAAGGUCUUCCUGGCCGAGGUGAUGCCGGCGUCGGCCAAGGACAACGACAUCGCCCUGGUGAAGCUGCGGGCUCCCCUGCGCGUCUCAGACAGCAUCAAGCCCAUCUGCCUGCCCUAUUUUGAUGAGGAGCUGGCUCCAGGGACGCCCCUGUGGGUGAUAGGCUGGGGCUACACGCAGGAGCACGGCUGCGGCACCCCCAGCACGCCUGGCGUCUACACCAGCGUCCGUGCCUACCUCAACUGGAUCCAGGCCGUCCGCAGGUCGGAGCUCUGA